AAAAUUGAGUCGAUCUUGAGCCGAUUCGUUUCUUUAUCUGAUCGACCGAGAAAUAGUCAAUUGUACGUCGGAGUUGCGUAAAAAGGAAAGAAUAAAGAACCUCAGCAAUAAUUUCAAACGGGUGGAGCACAAUCACCUGCAUCGAGUGGAAUUGGGCAAACGGCGUGCGCGUAGCAUCUAUUUUAAGUCCGGUCCUCAGCGAAAUGGAAACAUUCACAUCCUUAGCCGACCGGAUUCGAGACGCGUUGACAGCCCUGCCCACCGCUUCGGAGCAAUGGGUGCUGGGAUCCUCGAGCAACAGGAUCAUCAACGCGUCGGCGUUGCUCGCUCUGCUUUCUUCGGUCGCCCCCGCUGUGCCGGCCGUCGCCAAUGUCACGCUGUAUCAGCCUGGAAUCCCCAUUGCACCGUCUCCUCUGCCUCCGCCCGCCGCUUCCUUCCAAGCCGAGGAGAUCAUCCGCCAGUUUGUUGAGCUCGACCGGUCUACGGAAUGGCAUCUUACCCAGCGGAUCGAGUUUGAAGGGGAUACCUUCGAGCCGGAGGGCAUCGCGCGCAUAGCUGACGGCUCGGUUGACGACUUGGAUGACGUCCGGUAUUUUGUUUCUGCUGGCGAAUGGACUGUCCCGAGGGCAGCAGACACCCACGGGGAGGGGUUUGCUCACAUGCUCGUGUUUGAUGGAAACGGCCGACGCCUUGCGGAUGCCGUGGUUACGGAGCCCGGCGCGCUUGAGUACCACGGCGGUGGCAUUGAAUACGACGGAACAUACAUCUGGACUACUCUUGCUCAAUACCGCCCCGAUUCGACCGCCACCCUCGUCCGGAUGCGCCCGGGCACCUUGCAGCCGGAGCCCAUGCUUAGGAUCGCUGAUCACAUGGGAGCCGUGGUCCACGAUCUCUCCACCGGGGACAUUCUGACUCUCAACUGGGGCGCCCGCAGCGCGUCUCUCUGGAAUCUGAACUACAAGCCCGCCAUCCCGCCCGCCUUCACUGCUCCGCGAGCCGUGAUCAAGAACCCCAGCCACUACACCGACUACCAGGAUUGCAAGUUUCUGGGCCACUCUCAACAAUACGGGUUUCGGCCUGUCAUGCUGUGCUCCGGCAUCACGAACCUCUAUGGCACAACCAUCGGCGGGGUGGCCCUGGUCGACAUGCGGUCCAUGGUUCCCCUGUAUGAAGUGCCGCUGACCAUGGUGUCCGACCGUGGUGUUCUAGUGACGAAGAACCCGAUGGAUGUCGCCAUCGUCGAUGGCAAGCUGCGGCUGUUCUUUCUGCCCGACGAACGGAACUCGACGCUCUACGUUUAUGAGCCUGCUGUGCCCGCGUAAGAUGCCUACACCGACGCGCACUUCAUCAGACCUCGAUAGCGCAUCCCCGUGGCCAGAGCUGUUGCGAUUCCGGAACCUCGCCCAGAUCGGGCGCCCUCGGUCAUCGAUGUGGUCGUCCAGUGGGAUGGGGAUGGCAAUAUCGUUGUGCACCCCAGGAACAGAAGACGCCGAGCUAGUUCUCAACCCUUUCGACCCGA